CUCAUGUUGAAAGAUUCCUCAAAGCAGCUCGAAAAGUCACUGCCAUCCUUGAGCCCAGUACUCGCUCACUACCUCCGCACCUUCAAAGCUUACGUUCCACUACCCGUGUUUGACAAACUCUGGCUCAUCCGGGACCAACAAGCUCAAGGAGGGGCAGAACCGCCUUCGGAGUCCAAGCUGAAUAAGGGUGGAUCGAACCUACGUAUGUAUGGAGGAGACCCACCGAUGGAGGAGCUCACAAUGCAAUAUGAGCAGUGGCUGGAUUGCUUCACGCUGUUCUCGAAAUACAUACACGAGGCGGGUUGGGUCACGUUGUCUGAGAAUCUCAAGGUUCACAAAGAGAUUGUGGUGGAGCUAAGGGACUCGAUGGGCUGGAUGGUGGCACUGCGGUACUGCAAGAGAGUCAGGGAAGGUGUAAUGAGGACGACGGUCGGAAGCGAGAUUGUGAAUGUCUCCGAGGUGCAGAGAACAAUCUUGGAAGAAGUAAAGCUCGUAUGUGACACGUUCGGAGAUAGGGCAUUCAAGUCAAACCCGUAUGCGCCUGGAGGGGUGAAGGAUCACAUGGACCCAGAGACAGGCCUACGGACCAAUGGGAGGCCAAGUUAAAGGCUGAAGGGAAGUGGGUCGAUAAGAAGGAGCAAAGAGGUGGGAAACGAGAGUAUAAUGACAGAAGUAGAGGAGAAGAUAGGCGUGACACCAAGUGGCGUCGUAGUCGUAGCCGGAGU